ACACAUCCCACACCACACACACUCUUAAAAUCUUCCCAUAACAAACCAAUCCUCUGCAUGGAGACAAUCCAAUCCCUAUUCAACCCUAAAAUGAUUUCCGGACCUCUAAUUAUUCAUUCUCCUUUUUAAACCUCUCCAUCCCUCAAUUACUUCUCCACUCUCCACUCUCCACUCUCCACCACCACCACCACAAUGUCUACCGAUGCCUCCCCAACUUUCCGGACCUUCUCGCACUCCCAACAACCCGAACCUGUUAUGUUAACCUCCACUCACGACGGCCUUGAGUUCUGGCAGUACAUGAUCGCCGGCUCCAUUGCCGGUUCCGUCGAGCACAUGGCCAUGUUCCCCGUCGACACCCUCAAAACCCGCAUGCAGAUCUUCGGUGGAUCCCUCUCCGUCAACCCCGUCGGAGUCCGGCAAGCCCUCGGCUCCAUUCUGAAGCUAGAAGGCCCGGCCGGCCUCUAUCGCGGCAUCGGUGCAAUGGGACUCGGCGCCGGCCCGGCCCAUGCAGUCUAUUUCUCCGUCUACGAGUUAUGCAAAGAGUACUUCACACGUGGCAACCCUAACAGCUCGGCUGCGUAUGCUUUGUCCGGCGUGUGCGCGACUGUUAUGAGCGACGCGGUGAUCACGCCGAUGGAUAUGGUGAAGCAGAGGCUGCAGUUGGAGAGCAGUCCGUACAAGGGCGUUGGGGACUGUGUGAGGAGGGUUUUGGUGGAGGAAGGGGUGGGGGCGUUUUACAAGUCGUAUAAGACCACGGUGGUGAUGAAUGCGCCGUUCACGGCGGUUCAUUUUGCCACGUAUGAGGCGGCAAAGAGGGGGUUGAGUGAGGUGGCGCCGGAGAGUGCGAGUGAUGAGAGGUUGGUGGUUCAUGCGACGGCUGGUGCGGUGGCCGGGGCUUUGGCUGCGGCUGUGACUACUCCGCUUGAUGUUGUCAAAACCCAACUGCAGUGUCAGGGGGUUUGUGGAUGUGAUAGAUUUUCGAGUAGCUCGAUAGGAGAUGUUAUUCGAAGCGUCGUGAAUAAAGACGGAUACAGAGGGCUUAUGAGAGGUUGGAUUCCCAGGAUGCUCUUCCAUGCCCCUGCGGCUGCAAUUUGCUGGUCUACUUAUGAAGCAUCAAAAACGUUCUUUCAACAACUCAAUGACAAGGAUAAGUAAAAUGGUUCGACAUUAGGCAUGCUCCUGAUUUAGUCCAGCUCUUGUUCAUGCAGAUGUUGAAAAGUAGUCAGAUGAUAUAUACUGCAUAUUGAUGGGUAUGCUCAAAACUCAAGCGUAUAUGAUCAAUCGAUCAAUGGGGCAAUGAUCAUUAAUUUCCCUACUUCCAAGUUCUAAUCGAUCGAUUAGACCACAAAAGAACUAGCAUUUGGUUCUUUGGUGAAAAACAAGUACAUAUACUCUGGUGCAAUCAUGUACUCGUAUGGAAUCAGAAAACAUUCUAUAGUCUAUACUGCCGCCUGUACAAAAUACAAUUCAUUUUCAACUUUCGACUUC